CCACUUAUCACUUUGCGAUAAUGGUAAUAGGUCAACAUUUUGCUCAAAAGAAAUUAUGUCCAUUUCACAAUAUGCUGAUCAAAAAACAAAUAUCCAUGCUUCAAUUACAAUUUUUCAUUAUAUUUGAUGUGAGUACUGAUUACAAAUGCUACAUAUUAUCAUAUAAUUCCUUAUAUUUACCCUUAAACAUUUCAUUUAAUGGAAUAAUUUCAGGUUCAUCUUUUUUCUUGAGGAAAAAAUCGUCCGUCAUUUUUUAUAAAUUACAAUGUAUUGAUGACUUGCGUGAAAAAAUUUUUUUUAAAUAAGAAUUUGAAUGAUUUCAUUUGAAGUAUGAACAGUGUAACUAUCAUUUUUUAUUUCGAUAUAAUUUUAAAAAAAUUUUUUCAGACAAUUAGAAGGAAUUAGAUUCAUCAUGAAAUUUAGUAACUAUCAAUGUCCAUCCUCGUGUACAAGUUGCGAAAAAGUCAAUGUAUUUAAUGUAUUGGAGAAUGUGAAACCCCCUUAUGCUCAUCAAAGGUUGAACCAAUGUUUUUUCAAGUGCUUUUGCAAAACAAUUUGCAGUACAGAAAAGAGACUAGAUAUGUGUGGACCUGUUAUAUAUAAAAAAAUUGGGAGAAAUCUUCAAGAUAUAGACAUCCCAGCUUUAUUAGUUUUCUUGAGGAAAAACCAAGAUAUCACUCAUCUUAAUUUGGCUAACAAUAAUAUCACAGAUUUUGGAUUUAUAAAUGUACUUGAUCAUUUUCUUUUAUACAAAAAUAUUCAAGAACUGGAUAUUCAGAAUAAUAAUAUUGCCAGCAAUGGAGUUGAUUACUUGCUUAAAUUUGCAAAAAAUUUAGAGCUAAGAAGUCUAAAUUUGAGAGCAAAUAAAUUUGGUGAUCAGGCUUCAAAAAAUGUAGCAUAUUUCUUAUUGGAGAAUAAAUGUAUACGCAGUUUAAAUAUUGCGGACAUAAAUCAGACAGCUUCCAGUUUAAUAUAUUUCAUAAUGGUUUUAAGCUCGGAUCAAGAAGUUUCUAAUAGAACUUUAGAAAGCCUAGAUAUCAGCCGGCCAAACCCAGGAUGCAUGUAUUAUUUUGAUUCUGCUCAUUUUGCAGAUAUCAUUGGUCAUAUGCUUAGAUAUAAUACUACCCUAAGAGCAUUACAUUUGCAAAAAUACAAUUUUAAUUGCCAUGAUAUUGAAAACAUGGUGUCUAAUGCAAAAUACAAUGACACAUUGCAUUUAUUGGAUUUAGGUUGUAAUAAUAUUGGUGAUCAUGGAAUUAGUCAUAUAUCUGCAUGGUUAGCGAAAAGACCAGCUUUAAAGAUUCUAAUUUUAUAUAAGAAUAUCAUUACUGAUCAUGGUGCAAGGAGUUUGAGCAAUGUUAUUCCUUUUUCAAAACUUUUAUCUCUUGAUAUUUCACAUAAUAAAAUCACUGAUGAUGGAAUGAUGAAUAUUUUGUAUACAUUGAAGAAAAGUCCUUUGUUGAGACAGCUAAGAAUAUUUGGCAAUUGCAUUGGUAAUCAAGCUGCGAAGAUAAUUAAAAGAAUGUUGAUAUCUGAAGUGUUAAAUCAAGAAAAUAUAGAUGUCAGACCAUAUAAAGUGGAUCACUUAUGGUACUUUGCAAAAUACGAGGGAGAUCGUUGUAAGAAAGAAUAUCAUGAUGUUCCCUAUCAUCUUUUCUCGCAGCCACCAAGGACUCCUCCUCCAACAACUCGUUCUAUUCGAAAAUAUUAUAAAUAUACAUAUUCGACUGAAACCGAGUUGAAAUUGCAACACUCGACCGUAACUUUCAUUUCUACGAUAAUGGGCCCGGAUCAUAUAAAAGAUUGUAGAUGUUGUUAUUGCAUGAAAUGCGAUGCUCCCCAUUUCGAUGAACAAUGCAGAGAAGUUGAUCAUCCAAGUACUUGCACUUGUUGUAAAUGUAAGAAGGAAGAUGAAAGCAGUGACUGGUCUAUCGAUAAAUCAGUUUUGAGGAGAAUUGCACAUCCCCCUGAUUCUAUAAAAAAUAUUGAAUAUAUCUUGAAACGAGUAAAUUCCAUGACCAAACAAAAUAUUCUAAAAUGGAUUAAUAUCAAUGAAGAUAUCUUAGAAGAGGAUUUAAAACUUAUCGGUGGCGAUGGAGUUGGUUCUGGUUCUGGAUCUGUCUCGAGUUCUUCAGGCAGUUGGACAAUCUGGUUUGCGGAAUGCGGUUCGGAAGAAGGCUGGACAAUUUGUACGUUUUGAAUUGGUUGGAGCAUUUGCUGAGGAAGGACUAUAUUGGCUUGAGAUAAAGGUUGAGAAGCUGGUUGAAGCAUUUGUUGAGGAAUCACUAUACUCGCCUGAGAUAAACUUUGUGGGACAGGUUGAACAAAGUUUAAGGUUUGGACUUGUUGAGGAACUAAUUGAGCCUGCACCAUCAGUGGAACAUUCUGAACGAAGUUCUCAUUUAAAGCAACUUGUGGAGAUGCAGGGUCUAUUUGAAGACAGACUGCAGCUUUCUUUGCUCUGUCCUUCUGUUUACCAGUUCCUUCAAUUUUCAGAUCUUGCUUAAUGGUCUCUUCCUUGGUAUCCUCUGCUAGCGAUUUCUUCUCAAUGGUCUUGUGCGUUGGCCCAGCGUGCAUCAAAGUGAUACUCGCUAACAGAAGCAAGAAACACGCGUUGAAAUUCAUUGUUCCCUUCUUCGUGACUU